AUGUUGAGUAUUCCCAAAAGUCCACCCCAAAGGCCUCAGAGCUCCUGCCCCUCCUCCACUUCACUGAGUGCAUCAGAUGAAGAUUCCAGCAGUGUAGGAGAGGGCGAUACAAGUGCCUGGCAGCUCCCGGCAGACACUGAAUUCUUGCUCAGAUAUGAGUUAGAUGAGAAAGUGGCUGAGUUGAUAAAGUUUCUGCUCCUCAAAUAUCAAACAAAGGAGCCUAUCACAAAGGCAGAAAUGCUGAAUACUGUCAUUAACGAGUACGAGAACCACUUUCCUAUGAUCUUCAGGAAAGCCCGUGAUUUCAUAGAGCUUAUUUAUGGCAUUUCCAUGACAGAAGUGGACCCCAGCAACCACUCCUAUGUCUUUGCCAACACACCAAACCUCAUGUAUGAGGGAGUGCUGAGCAAUGACCAGGGCAUGCCCAAGACCAGCCUCCUGAUACUUACCCUGAGCGUGAUCUUCGUUAGGGGCAACUGCACCCGUGAGGAGGACAUCUGGGAAGUGCUGAGUAGUUUAGGGGUGUAUGCUGGGAGGGAGCACUUCAUCUAUGGGGAACCCAGGAAGCUCAUUACCACAGAUUUUGUUCGAGAAGAAUUUCUGGAGUACCGGCAGGUGCCCAACAGUGAUCCUGCACGCUACGAAUUCCUGUGGGGUCCACGGGCCCACACUGAAAUCACCAAAAGGAAAGUGCUGGAGUUCUUGGCCAAGCUAAAUAGUGUCGUCCCUAGUUCCUUUCCAAGCUGGUACAAGGAUACUUUGGCAGAUAUGGAAGAGAGAGCCCAUGCCAUCAUUGAUGCUGCAGAUGCCGCCUCUGCCAUGGCUAGUGCAAGCUCCAUUGUCACGUCCAGCAGCUUCUCCCACCCUGAGUGAAGUUUCAGGCAGAUUCCUCACUGUGUGUGGGAAGAGGGGAGUCAAGGUUCACAGUAGCUGAGGGCCAGGGUGGGGCUGGAGAAAACUGUUCUUUGUGAUUCUGUUCUAUAUGGGAGACAUUAAAUUAACAUUCUUUCUUCUGGGUAUUUUUCAAAUGCUUUCCAUUUUAAUAGCAGCUAAAAUUAGUUUCAGAAUCUUAGUUUAUACAUAUGAGUCACAAAUUUGCUGCUGUUUAUCUGGUUUAAGAGUAUGAGUUUGGUAUUUUGUAAGGAAAAAAAAAACAAAUUGGGAAAACCUUCCAUCUUAUUUUGAGCUCUAGGGCAGGAUAACAUUGAAAAUGUAAAAUAGUGGAACAUAAAAGAUGGUGAAUGUUUGUAUUCCAUUAUCCCUUUUAGUCGGUCCUCUAAAAUUAAAGACUUAUACAUAUA